CAACAUCUGAGCCAGAGACUCCAGGUGAUUGAUAGAGACCUCAGGGAACGUGCAGGGAAUGGGCAUGAAAGUGACUCUGCACAAAGAGCCUCUCCUCCACUCAGCAAUUGCAGGAGCCGAUCCAGCCAUAGGAGAGGGAACCCCCAGGAUUGGCUGCCAGCAAGAGACAGGGGAAGGGAGACACAAGGGGAGAGAGAGAGAGAGACUGAAAAGGGCAGUGGGAGAAAUAAUUGCGGGGAGAGAUUCCCAGAUUUCUGACCGGCCCACGCACGGUUAUUGCCGCAUCCCUGGGCGGAUUCACUUUGCUACGAACAAGGUGAGGUGCAGGGGAAGGAAAAGCCAGCUCCUGACUUUCCCUGUACCCCCUGCUGUAGGAGUUUGCUGCCUUGGGGACAAUGUCAGGGGGAAUCCCCCAAUAUCACUCCUUUUGUUCUGCUCUUCUCUCCCAUUCAGUUCCCAGACUUUGUUACUGGGAGGGUUUCAAAAUGUCUCGCUGGUUUAGUGCUAGUGGGAGGGACCAGUCAGUGCUGUAAUCUAGUGACCAAACAUUUCCCCAGGAUAGAAUCGUAGAACGGUAGGGCUGGAAUGAACCAUGAGAGGGCAUCUAGUCCAGCCCCCAGCACUGAGGUGUUUGUCCAACCUGACCUUGAAAACCUCUAAUGAUGGGGAUUCCACCACCUCUCUUGCUAAUCUAUUCCAGUGCUUAAUUACUUUUUUUUCACAAUUGAGUCACGUGGUUGACUCAGAUUCAAUUUGUGAUCCACUAUAACUCCCGAUCGUUUUCAGUAGUACUACCUCGUAACCAGCUAUUUCCCACUUGGUCGUUGUGCAUUUGGUUUUCCUUCCCUAAGUCUAGUACUUUGCACUCGUCUUUAUUGAAUUUCAUCUCAUUCAUUCAGCUCACUUCUCCAAUUUGUAAAUGUUACCUUAAAUUCUAUGCCCAAAUAAAUCUGUUAGUCUUUAAGGUGCCACCGGACUCCUUGUUGUUUUUGUGGAUACAGACUAAGACGGCUACCCCCUGAUAGGUGACGCUUUGUUAUUUUUAUGUCUGAUUUUAUAAGCAAGUAGUUUUUAAAUGGGGCGUAACUCAGAGGUACGCAAGACAAAUCAGACUCCUGAAAGGGGCACAGUAGUGUGGAAAGCCACCAGUCUAUACAGCUAUUUUUAAUGGCUAGCACCAACAGUGGAGCAUCCAUAGGGAGACACAUCUCAAAGAACUGUUAGGGGGCUUAUUCCUUCACCCACUUACUUCCCUGGUCCUUCUCACAUGAACAGAGAGCAACAAUAUCCGAAGUCCAAAGGAUUUCCAGUUUCCAAACCCGAUGUCAUCUCCCAGCUGGAACGAGGGGAAGAGCCGUGGGCCCCAGAUCUCCAGGGCUCAGAGGAAAGAGAGAUCCUGAGAGGCAGCUGCAUGGGAAGUGAUGGGAUGGUGAGAGAGACUGUGGAACAGAAUCCUCAGCAGGAAGAUGAGCAAGUGGAACCACAUGGGGCGUUGUUGCAAGGAUGCAAAAAGAGUGUGUCCAGGAGUUGUGAGCAGGGAAAAGGCUCUCAGGGGCAGCACAGGCCAGAGAAGCAGCAGGGAAACCAGCCAGUGCAGAAAGUUGGAAUAUCUGUUAAUUAUCGGGGAACUCACAAAGGCCUCAAGGAAAUCACAGCCCAGCAGAGAAUCCUGACGGGAGAGAGAAAUAACACGGGCUUUGAGUGUGGGAAAAAGUUCAGGAGGCGCUCACACCUCAUUACCCACCAGAGAAUCCACACCAGAGUGAGACCCUAUGGACGCUGUGAGUGCGGGAAAACCUUCACUCAGCAUUUGCUAUCAGAGGAUCCACACAGGGAAGAAACCCCAUGAAUGCUGUGAGUGUGGGAAAACCUUUUGGCACUCAGCCCUUAUAAAACAUCAGAGGAUCCACACAAGGGCAAAAGCCUAUGAAUGCUGUGAGUGUGGGAAAAUGUUCACUGAGUGCUCACACCUUAUUCGCACUCAGAGGAUCCACACGGGAGAAACCCUAUGGAUGCUGUGAGUGCGGGAAAACCUUCGCUGGGAGCUCACACCUUAUCUGCCAUCAGAGAAUCCACAAAGGCCAGCGCCCCUAUGAGUGCUGUGAGUGUGGGAAAACCUUCACUCAGCACUCACAUCUUAUUGCACAUCAGAGGAGUCACACAGGGGAGAAACCCUAUAAAUGCUGUGAGUGUGGGAAAACUUUCACUGAGUGCUCAACCCUUAUUCGCCAUCAGAGAAUCCACACAGGGGAGAAACCCUAUGAAUGCUGUGAGUGUGGGAAAACCUUCACUCAGAGCUCAAACCUUAUUACGCAUCAGAGGAGCCACACAGGAGAGAAACCCUAUGAAUGCUGUGAGUGUGGGAAAACUUCACUCGGACCUCAGGCCUUAUUACACAUCAGAGGAGCUGCACAGGAGAGAAACCCCAUGAAUGCUGUGAAUGUGGAAAAUUCUUCCAUCACAACUCUUCUCUUAUUUAUCACCAGAGAAGCUGCAAGGGAGAUAAACACCAUGAAAAUCUUUUCUCGGGCUAAUUCCCAAGUAGUGCACUUUAAAGCAGCAUUUGUGGCAUCUCAGCUCCUUUAGGUGAGUUGUCUGCUUUUCCCUUUUGCAGCUCACCCUUCCUUGGAGUGAAGCCCACAGUGUUUUUCAUCAACUCCUUCGUCCUCUGUCAUGGAAAUGUGUGUCCCUCCAACAGGAAUGCCCAUCAGUCCCAGGUGGGGGAACCAGGAGUGAUCUCUACUAGGUACAUGGAGGUUAAAUCUACCUGGGCCUUGACACCACUAGGGUUUUCCAUGGAGUUCGCGAUCCUGAUAUAAAAACACAACUAUUUUUUCAAGAAAGAAAAUAGCCCAUAUAGCGUCCAGGGUAAUGUAGCAAAUUUCCUUACCACUGGACACAAGCUCCAUCACUUUUUCUAGUCUAACCAAAUUUGGAGCAUCACGUUUAUAAUUUUUUCUCCCACUGCAAAGUGAUUGUUAGUCACCAGGUUCCCCCACUAGGGACAGAUUGCCUCAUUCCCAGUUGUUGCCACGUUGCACUGGAUUCUGCUGAAUAGCAGUUGGGCUUUUGUACCAUUUUUUUCCAUGUAAAUAUAACAGAGAAGGAGCAGGGAUAGAGGGUGUGACAAAGUGGGGAUUUUUGCUUGUUAUGUUUUAAGUGACUCUUACUGUUUUUCAUGAGUACGGCGUGUGCCUCAGUUUCCCUGUGUGCUGCACCAAUACCUUGGUGGUGGGAAUAGGGGUGUGUGACUUUGGCUGAGACCUCUGGGGCUGGUGAGGCUGCCUGCAUGACCGGUAUGUGACGUUGCACUCCAUAUGCUUUAUGGAAAUAUGCUUAUGACAUAACUGGAAUAUGCUUCACACUAAAUACCCCUUGUAUCGUGUCAUUAGAAAGCUUGUAAUCUACUAAGUGUGUUCAUCCUAUUGGUUUGUAUGUAUUAUUUCUAUAUCUGGAGUUAGGAGAAUUAGCUAUAAAAUUGUUUCACUGAUGUAAACAUAGGAAGUAGAGGCCAUUACGGGUGCUCCAGAAACAAUCAGUUGUAAAUGGCCUUAGUUUCUUGAAAGCCUUCUUGUGUACAUGUGGGCCAGCCCAUGGGGAAUGGAGACUAGGGGUCUUACCGUGACAUGUGACCAUGUCACCUGAUAAUGAAAUCCAUCUUAAAUCUGGUACUUUUCCAUUUAGAAGGAAGGGUGGGGACCCAGAGAGACAAAAGAUUCCUGCCUUGUGCCAAAGCUGUAGAAGGGGGUGGAGCAGGACAAAGGGGGCCAGUCAUGAGAAAUCCCCUGCUUACCACCUGAGAUGUCUGCUGGAACUAACACUACCUGGGGAAAGGAUCGGGCCCAGACUAGGAAGGAGUCUAAUCUGUGAAAGAAGCUUAUUGGAACAUCCUCUGAGGAUGAGAUAUUACCUGUAAUCCUUUUUUUAAUGUAUUAGGUUUAGACUUGCGUGUUUUUGCUUUAUUUUGCUGGGUGACUUACUUUGUUCUGUGUGUUAUUACUUGAAACCACUUAAAUCCUACUUUUUAUACUUAAUAAAAUCACUUUUCUUUAUUAAUAAAUCUAGAGUAAGUGAUUAAUACCAAAGGGAGCAAACAGCGGUGCAUAUCUCUUUAUCAGUGUUACAGAGGGUGGACAAUUUAUGAAUUUACUCUAUAUAAGCUUUAUACAGAGUAAAACAGAUUUAUUUGGGUUUUGGAUCCUAUUGGGAACUUGGUAUCUGGGUGCUGGAGACAAGUAAGCUGCUGAGCUGUUUUCACUUAAAGUCUGCAGCUUUGGGGGCGUGGUUCAGACCCUGAGUCUGUGUUGCAGCAGGUUAGUGUGUCUGGCUCAACAAGACAGGGUUCUGGAAGUCACAAGCUGGCAGGUAAAACAGGUUCAGAGGUAUUUUCAGCACAUCGGGUGACAGUCCCAUGGGGGUCUCUGUGACUGAACCCGUCACACGGUGCCUUUCGUAACCGGAGACCCAGGAAUGUGUUAAGGAAAAGUUAGCAUAUGUGUAUAUGUGACUCCAUUUUGGUUUGGGGCCCACCAUUGUCUAAAAGUAAAGACAUCAUGCACCAGGAGGAGUGUUCCUUAGAUACUGCAUUCCUUUGAAACCCGCCCCCUUGUUUCCAGCCCAUCUCGAAUCCCGGUUUCUGUUCUUUGUCUGUUCCUAACUCCCUGCCUCCUGGCCUUGAUGCGAGCCUCCCAUCCCGAUAAGAAAGGCUACUGGUGC